CUUUCUUUCCGGCUAAUCAAUAAAAAGGUUAUUGUUAUUUUUAUUCUGCUGUUUUGUUUUGUUGUCUUUGGCAACCAAACACGAAAAACAAGAAACAAGAGAAAAAUCCAAGUGAAAUUUCGGUGUUUUUGGCUGUUCGGGCUCAUUAUCGAAUCCAGAAAAAAAGAACAUUUUUUUUUCGUUCGAUUUCGUAAAUAAUCGUAAAGUGAUGAACGAUGGAAUCGAUAAUUAAAAUCGAUAUUUUGGAUGAUAAAAAUUCUGAUUAUGGUCAUCGAGAACAACAUCGACAAAUCAAACAUCGAAUACAUCGAAAAUGUAUUCUAGUGAUAGUUAUAUUUAUUGUUGCUUGUUGUAAUAUUUAUCUUCGAUCAUCAUCAAAACCAUCACCAUUAUCUUCGACAAAAAUUCGUGCCUCAUUACUAAAUGAUAACGAUGAUGGUGGUGGUAGUAAAUCAAGAUUUAUAAAUGAAAAAUCAAAUUUUUAUUUCAGUCGCCAUAUUUUACAAGCCAAAACAAUUAAACAAAGCAAUAAUUCGAUUAAUGAUGAUCAUCCACAUCAUUCAUUACAUAAUAAAACUCACAAAAUUGGCCCGAAAAACCCCCUGAUACCAUUGAUUGAUGCAAAAAAUAAAACAUGUAUAAAUCCGGCUUAUAUGGAAUUUCCACCCGAUUUAUUUAAUGAUCGUCAACGUUCACGUGGUGCAAUCCUAAUACAUAUUAUUGUUGUUUGUUAUAUGUUUUAUUGUUUAGCUGUUGUUUGUGAUCAUUAUUUUUUACCAUCAUUGGAACAAUGUUCACAACGUUUAAAUUUAUCCGAAGAUGUUGCUGGUGCUACAUUUAUGGCUGCUGGUUCAUCGGCACCGGAAUUAUUUACAGCAAUUUUAGGUGUUUUCAUAGCUAAAGGUGAUGUUGGUACCGGUACUAUUGUUGGUUCUGCUGUUUUCAAUAUAUUAUUUGUCAUUGGAUUUUGUUCAUUAUUUACCGUAUCAACCGAAUUGAAUUGGUGGCCAGUUGUUCGUGAUUCAUCCUAUUAUACAUUUACUGUUUUGCUUUUGAUUUUGUGCAUUUAUGAUGGUGAAGUAACAACAUUCGAAUCAUUUACAUUAUUAUUAUUUUAUGGUAUUUAUAUUUUAAUUAUGAAAUAUAAUAUACAAAUACGUGAACUUGUAUUUCAACAAUGGCAAUCAAGAUUUGGUAAUAUAAUUGAUUUGGAUAAAUCACCAAUUCCAGCCGGAACAACCACCGGUAUCAAUGAACUAAAUAAUCUUAAAGGCAAUACUAUACAUCAAGUACAUUAUAAAUCAUUUCAAGAAAAUGAUUAUGGUACAGAUGAUAUUCAGCAAACAUCAUCCGUACCAAAAAAUCCAUUUGUCGUUAGACAACCUGAAACAACAAUAUUUGAAGCUGCAAAUCAAAUAAUUAUUAAAUAUAAACGUUUAUUUCGUCCAAAUACUCGGUUUCGUUCGGCUGCACAUUUAAUAAUGAUACGAUCAAAAAAAGCUAAAGAUAAACAAAAACAACAACAACAAAAUUUGUAUCUUGAUGAUGAAGAAAUGCAACAACGUCGUAUGUCAAGAAUUGGUCCAGAUGAUGAAAAUUUUUGGCGAAAAAUUCCUGAUCCAAAUGAAGUUGGAAUUUCUGAAUGUUUGAAAUGGGCUGCACAAGCACCAUUAGCCGCUGUACUUUAUUACACAAUUCCGGAUUGUCGUACAAAAAGAAAUAUGUUUUUGGCUACAUUUUUAAUAUCAAUAAUAUGGACAGCAAUAUUUAGCUAUAUUAUGGUUUGGAUGGUAACAAUGAUUGGUUGGACAUUCGGUAUACCUGAUAGUAUUAUGGGUAUUACAUUUUUAGCUGCUGGUACUUCCGUACCUGAUGCAUAUGCUAGUAUGCAUGCUGCUAAAAUGGGACAUGCCGAUAUGGCCGUUAGUAAUUCAAUUGGUUCAAAUGUUUUUGAUAUUUUAGUCGGUUUAGCAUUACCAUGGUUUAUUGAAACAACAAUUAUUGAACCGGGUACCGUAUCAAGUAUAAAUAGUGGUGGUCUUGUUUAUGCUGUUAUUUUAUUAUUCCUUUCAUUAUUGGCAACAAUUUAUCUAUUUCAUUAUAAUCAUUGGACAUUAAAUCCAUCACUUGGUUAUUCAUUACUUGGUACAUAUGUUGCAUUUUUAAUUAUUAGUUCAGCAAUUGAAUUCAAUCUAUUUGGUUCGGUUAAUCCACCGAUUUGUGGUGAAACAUUAUCAUAAAAAAUCCUAAAUCAUCCGUUUUAGUCAAAAAAAUCAAACAAACGAAUAAUUUUUUUUAGGUUCGAAAACCAUCAACAUCGACAUUGACAUUGUGUGUUCGUCGUUUGGUAAAUUUUAUUCAUUUUGUGUUUGUGUGUGUUU